AUGCUCCUGGCGUUCUCGGCUAAGAGCGAGGAGUUGGAUAUUUUGAUGUUGAGUUUGACGUUUGGGAAUGUUGAGGUUAAGAAUUGUCUACGCAACGUAGUCACGUUGUUCCAUUACAUCGAGAAAGAGAGGGCGUGGCGGAAGGAUAAUGGCAGACCUGAGGGGUUUGAGACGUUGAGUGCGAGGAAACCUAUUGUUGCUGUUGGUGCCGAGGAGCCAUUGGCGGAACAUAUGAUGGUCGCGGACUUCUUCCAUGGGAUCGAUGGGCUGGGAGGUAUACAUCAUAGCCAUCCACAUCUCUCACCAGAAGAGACAUGGAAGUCGCUCUUCACACCCCAGCCGAAGAACAUGUCGGCUGAAGAAACCAAGGCGCUGCAAAAGGUCAAGGAGAAACACUCGCUCUUCACGCCAUCGCUGAAGCCCGCGCAUGAAGUCAUGCUUGACCUGUUGAGGGAGAAUGAGCCCGAUACAGUUACCAUUGUGGCAGUUGGACCCCUGACUAAUCUUGCCAUCGCUGCUGCGCAAGAUCCCGAGACGUUCCUGAAGGUCAAGGAAGUAGUCGUCAUGGGUGGUGCAAUCGAUGCGCCUGGAAACCUCUACGCAGCCCUGAAAAACCACCCACAGCGUCGUCCACCCCCACCCCUCCACCUAAUAUACCACCCACAUACCCUCUCCAUCCCCGUCCCCCCCUUCAACCUAAUCAAACAACCCAACACCCCCCUCCGCCACUCACUAAAUCUCCGAAACCAGAUGACCCCUGGCGCCGAAUUCAACACCUACGCCGACUCCGUAGCCAGCGCACGCGUCUUCGCCCUCACAUCCGCGAACCCGCACCUCACCAUGCCCCCCUCGCUUUCAAACCCACAGAAGAAGCACCAACUACCACCCUACCCAAAAACGCUCAGCAAGCGCCUAACCAUCAAACUCUUCCCGCUCGACACAACAGAACUACACGUCCUGCCCAAAACCAUGUACGAAGACUACAUCGCCCUAAAACCCAUCCACGGCUCCCCCCUCUCCGAAUGGACAUCCCUCUUCCUGACCUCCACCUUCGCAAAAAACCUAUCCCUGAACCCCCAACAAGACCCCACGAAAUCCGGACUUCAACUACACGACCCCCUGACGAUCUGGUACGCUUUAUGCCCUUCCAACCCUUUGUGGAAGUUCAAAGAGGAGGAUGUGAGGGUUGAGACGAGUGGGCAGUGGACGAGGGGGUGCACGAUUGUGGAUCGGAGGGGGAGGCCGGUUACGGAGGGGGAGAGCAGUUUGGACGAGGAGGUUGUGGGGGAUGCGGGGGGGUGGAGGGAUAGCAGGAGGGGGAAUCGGGUGGGGUGGUGUACGAGGAGUCCUGGGGAGGGCAAGUUUGCGAGGGUGCUUUUGCAUAGGGUUUUGGGGGAUGGGGAACAGUGGUAG